UCCCGGUGGUGGGCCAUAGCCAUAGCCAAAGUCGCAGCAUCCCUCAUGCCUGCCCGCCUGCCCCAUGGAGAAGCCCCUGCUCAUCAUAAGGGCAGGGUGUGAGUCAGCUCUGCCGGGAUGCUCAGUGCUCGGUGCUUUUGCCACUGCGCAGGGCAUCCCUGAGACGCUGCACGUGCCAGAUCUCCGGGUCUUCUUCGAGCCUGCAAUCGAGCAGGGCCUUUUUGCAUGCUUCCACUUCCGGCGCGGCAAGGAGAAGCAGCCUCGCCUGGCUUGUCAAGUGCGGGCAGUGAGCAAGGAAGCGGCCGGAGAAAUCAUCCGCAGCUUUCAUAAUGUUCCCUGGCGAGAGGUCUUGAUUGACGCACCAAUUUCGAAUGCGGAGCUCUGCCUUGUGAACGAUGCUGUGGGUGGCAAGGCCGACACUUGGGAGCUGGACCCGCCUGCAGCACUGCCGCAGGGCAACGUGGGCACCUGCAGAGCGGCGGUGCUUGGUGCCAUUCGGAGCUGCAGACUGCCAGCCUCCGUCAUCAAGAGGCUUGGGAUUGUCCCUUCCAAAGUGCGCAGCACGCGAAGCAGCGCAACAAUUCCGCCGCCUUUGUGCUGGAGAGAGGCCAUGGAGGCCUCUGCCUGCGAAGGCCAGACAUCGGGGACCAAAGAGGAAGAGAAGCAAAAGACGGAACAGAAAAAGGAACAGGAAGGCCCCAAGUCGUUCACGGCGGCGUUGUUUGCUUCUCUCAAGAGACCUGCAAAGGCGAAAGCGCAAGCUUCGAUCGAGGAUCGACCAAAGCGCCAAAAGCUGAGUGCCAGCACAACAAAUCCCAAGAGGAUGUGCGUGGCUUUCAGCGAAGAAGAAAGUGAAGCAAGUGAUGCUGCCGCAGAAAAAGGCGUUGAAGGUCGCCACUUGUCCCGGCCCUUGGAUACAGAGCCCGAUGACUUCGAUGAGCCCCUGGAGAAGGCGCCUCACUAUGAGAGGAGCGAUCGCCUUGACUCGGCCGCAGGCUACCUGUACGAGGACACUGUGGAGAACAUUUGGGACAAGCAGGACGCAUCCGGACUGGUGUGGUACACCGAUGCCGCCUUUUGGGACCGAAUGGCUGGGGAUUUGGAUGAGCGCUGUGCGGACGGCUGGGAUGUAGAAGGAGAGUCGGAUGAGAGCUCGUCACCUGGCUCUCCGCAUGCCAUCCGCGCCCUGGAGCAGGGCACCGGCCUCGCAGCCGUUCGCCGGGGAGUGGCAGGGCAGAUCAUGCGCUCCUGGGGCGGCUGCCCAUCUGCGGCGCCAAGCAGCACGUUUCUGGCGGUCGUGGAGGGGCAACAGCCCAACACUGCGCGCACCGGCUUGGGCUGGGAUGGAGAGAGGCGCAGGUCCCGGCCUACGCGUUCAGUGGAUUCAGGCUCAGAUUGGUGCCGCAUCGGCUCAGCCUACGAUGCUCGAGGCAAGGCCAAAAGCACAGGAUCUUUUGUACCACCCAUAUCUGGCUCUUUCAGCGCAGCAUCCCUCUACUUUGCAGAGGAUCGCCGGAAGAGGAUCGACUUCGUUCCCGCCGCGCAGCCCGAAUCUGUUAGCCUCAAGACUCUACAAGCGUCGGGCAAGAAGACCCUGAUCUGGUUUUAUCCGAAGGCGCAGGCAGCCAUGUAUUUGGCUUCUGGGUUCCAGACCAUGAGGUUCUCCUUUCCGCUGCUCUGCGAGGCGCUGUCGUUCUCUGCUGCCAUGGGGGUCGCCGAGAAGCGCUGGGCGGUUCUCAUCGGUGCAGAUGGCAAAGUGGAGAAGCCCGGGGCAUAG